AUGAAGCGCAAGUUGAACGACCAGGAUGUACCCGAGGUGGCAGAGACCGUAACAGAAAUUGAGGAAAAGAUGGAAAAGACAACGCCGACCGCAAAGACAUUCGCCGAACUGGGACUGGAUGCUCGUCUUUUGCAGGCCAUCAACAAGGAGAAGUUUGCCGCUCCGACUCCUGUACAAGCCCAUGCCAUUCCUCUGGCUCUGUCGGGCAAGGACAUCCUUGCGCGAGCACGAACCGGUUCCGGCAAGACAGCAGCAUAUCUCCUACCCAUUCUUCAGUCUAUCCUACACCGCAAAUCCGCACAGCCCUCGUCAACGAAAUCUACUUCGGCACUCGUUUUGGUCCCUACCCGCGAACUUGCUGGCCAGGUCGCAAAGGUCGCCUUAUCAUUUGCUGCCUUCUGCGGCCAAGAGGUGCGCAUCGAGAACUUGACCCGCAAGGAAGACGACAAGGUCGCCCACGCCCGUCUGAUCGAAGCCCCCGAUGUCGUUAUCGCUACACCCUCGAGAGCGACCACCCUUGUCAAUGCCUCUCUUUUGCAACUACAAAACCUCACACAUCUCGUAAUUGACGAAGCCGACCUUGUCCUUUCGUACGGCCACGACGAAGACCUACAAAAUCUGUCCAAGGUCAUUCCUCAAGCCGUUCAAACCGUCCUGAUGAGCGCCACGCUACGAACAGAAGUCGACACACUCAAGGGCAUGUUCUGCAAGAACCCCGUUCUCCUCGAACUCGACCAGGAAGAGAAGGAACAAUCAGCUCUCACACAAUAUGUCGUCAAGUGUGGAGAAGACGAAAAGUUCCUGCUCAUCUACGCCAUCUUCAUGCUCAAACUCAUCAAGGGCAAGUGCAUUGUCUUUGUCAGCGACAUCGACCGCUGCUACCGUCUCAAAUUGUUCCUCGAGCAGUUCGGCAUCAAGAGCUGUAUCUUGAACUCGGAACUGCCUGUCAACUCGAGACUGCACGUUGUGGAUGAAUUCAACCGUGGCGUCUACGAUAUUAUCAUUGCCAGUGACGACAGCGAAAUUGUUGGAAACGAGGAAAAGUCGACUGCUGCUGCUGAGGAUGGAGAAGAAGCAGCUACCGAAGAGGCGGCUGCCGAAAAUGACGAGGAAGAGAAGGAAGAAAAGACAUCGGAGGAAAAGCCCAAGAAGAAACAGAAGCGCUCAAAGCUCGACAAAGAAUUCGGUGUCUCUCGUGGUAUCGACUUCAAGAACGUCGCCUGCGUACUCAACUUCGACCUGCCCACCUCAUCCCGCAGCUACACCCACCGCAUCGGCCGUACCGCUCGCGCUGGCAAGUCCGGCAUGGCACUGUCCUUUGUCGUACCCAAAACCCUCUACCGCAAGCACAAACCCACCACCAUCCCCUCGGCCGAACUCGACGAAGAAGUCCUCGCCAAGAUUACUCGCCAGCAAGAGAAGCGAGGCCAGCAAGUUCUGCCAUACCACUUCGAUAUGAAGCGCCUGGAUGGCUUCAGAUACCGUAUGACAGAUGCCCUCCGCUCAGUAACACGUAUCGCCAUUCGCGAAGCUCGUAUCCGUGAGAUUCGCUCCGAGCUGCUGAAGUCAGAGAAGCUGAAACGCCAUUUCGAGGAGAACCCUACGGAUUUGCAACACUUGAGGCACGAUCAAGAAAGUCAUGCUGUUCGCGUGCAGCCACAUCUAAAACACGUGCCCGAGUAUCUCUUGCCUGGUAACUCGGCGGUGGCACAAGGUGCUGGUGACGGAGGCUUCGUUGGCUUCGGCAAGACUGGAGAAAACAGAAUCAGAAAGGCAAGAAUGCAAAAUAGAAUGAAGGGUAAAGGCAAGGGAAGGAAAAAGUCGGACCCGCUAAAGUCGUUGAGUGCGAAGAGGAAGUAA